UCAGGUGAGGUUGUUUCUCACGACGAGCCGCGUGGGCCAUCAUGGACUUUCGACACUUAAUUUGCUCAAUCCUGGCAAUUCUGAGCAUUUCCCAAGGACAAAUGUUGGGAUGCAGACCAGACCAGUGGCGGUGUGACGAUGGAAACUGUAUGCCGAAUAUCUGGCGAUGUGAUGGAAGUGGAGACUGUCUGGAUGGAUCUGAUGAAAUGGAUUGCAAUGCAAUUUCUGGCUCUCCUAGAUGCCCCCCCGGACAGUUCCCUUGUGUUGACUCUGUCGGCUGCGUUGACGCCUCAGCUCGCUGUGACGGUACAAAGCAGUGUCCCACCGGCUCUGAUGAGGAGAACUGUGCAGUGACACAGGGCUGCUUGGAUUCUGACUGGACCUGUCGAAACCACAUCUGUAUCCCCAAGGAGCUGCGCUGCAAUGGACUGAAUGACUGCCAGGACAAUUCUGAUGAGGAGGACUGUGGACUGUGUGGUGAGGAUGGCAUACGGUGUCCUGAUGGGAUGUGUCUGAGUUCAGACGAGCGUUGUGAUGGGACGUUUCACUGCGCAGACGCCAGUGAUGAGCCCAUAACCUGCGGUCGUAUUUGCUCUACGAACAACGGCGGCUGCAGCCACGUGUGUGUCGAUGAGCCCUGGGGAGCUUUGUGUACCUGUCCCGCUGGAUAUAAGCUCUCUUCCAAUGGAGCAGUCUGUGAAGAUUUGGAUGAAUGCGCCCCCCCAUUCGCCCUCUGUAUGCAUCACUGUGCUAACACUGUCGGCUCAUACUAUUGCCAGUGCAGAGAAGGAUUCAAACUAUAUGGAGGCACCGCAUGUUUAGCUACAGGUAACGCUACCAGACUGCUGAUAGUGCAGAGGAGCUCUAUGGGGCUGUUAAAUGUGACGUCUCAACAGUUUAAAGUUAUCCACACUCCAGUUCUUGACCCAGUGGCUUUGACUUUCGACGUUUCCCGAGGCUUGUACUACUGGGCCGACAACCGUGGCAGCAUUUACAAAAGUAAUGGACGGCAGAGCUGGACAACAUUUACUGGUGAGCCUGGAAUCACGGGUCUAGCUUGCGAUUGGCUGAAUGGAAACCUGUUCUGGUCCAAUCAGAAGACAGAGUCAAUCUACAUGCAGUCAGCUGAUGGGAGAAGUUUCACUACACUGCUGAGCAAACACAACAAACCAUCAGAUUUGGUGCUCGUACCUGUGGAGAGCCUGAUGUUCUGGUUCAGUUCUGGCCCGGGGGAAAGAGUGACGAUAGAGAGGUCGUGGAUGGACGGGUCCGAUGGAAACACUCUGGCGGUGCUCACUGCUCAGGCGGCCCACAGCCUCACUGCAGACGUCGCUGCCAGGAGGCUGUUCUGGAUCAGCAACUUCAAGAAGUCCAUAGAGACGGUGAAGAUGGACGGGACCGGCCACUUCUCCUUCACAGGCCUGUUCAGCAGGAGGGCGGCUCUCGGCCUCGCUGUGUUUGAGAGCUCCUUCUACUGGGUCGAUGAGAUAGGACUGUGGCAGGUCCCACAGACGCAGCCAAACCAGAAGAAAUUUCUUUUGAAAGCGGCACUGCCGACACUAGCCGUUUACCAUGAGCUACAGCAGCCUCAAGGUUCUACUGCAUGUGCAAAUACUCUGUGUCAGCUCUGCCAGCUAACUAAAAGAAACCCGGUGGGAUUCACCUGUGCCUGUCCGAACGCCAAAAUGCUGUUGCCUGAUGGGACAUGUCAAUACCCAAGGUUUGUUUAUGCCACCAACAUUGACAUCAACCUGCUGGAGAUCAGAGGGAAAGAUUACGAUCAAACCCAGCUGUUAAGCACUGGCGACGGGAUCCUGUCCUUUGACCUGGACUGGUACAGAGACUGGCUCUACUGGGCCAACCAAACCGGCCAUAUCCAACGCACCAGUCUGACCCAGGUCAAAACUGAGGUGGUCCCGACACCUCUGCCAGUUUGUUUGAUUAGAAUAGACCAGAGGAAAGGGAACCUCUAUUGGGUGUCAUGUGACCAAAACAGCAUCGGCACCUCCACAGCCGACAGCCGGAACCUGCAGCAGCUGUACCGUACGACCAAGAAGAUCAGAGACCUGUAUCUGGACUGGCUGAGGGGGGGCAUCAUCUGGUUGGAGGAAGACCGAAUCCUCACCAUGAGCAUGGCGGGAGGAAGUGCCAAAGAGCUGCUGCAGUUGGCAGACGAAGUCCAGGGGAACAUCGCCUUCGACCUCAGGGCUAACAGCCUGCUCUGGAACUCAAAAAGGGCAGGUUUGACCAUGAUGAGUUUGCUGCAGGCGAAAAGCCACAAAGCUGGCAGGAGAUGGAACAUUUCCGGCUCAGUCAUAUCUGCCUUUGAGCCCUUCCUGCUGUCCCAUUCGGGAAAUGUCCUGACUCUGUGGGACCGGCGUGACGGGAGCGCCAUCCAGGACAUGCCUGUGAAAGGGCGUGUGUUCAGUGUCAUCCUUGCACUGAAGAACGUCCGCCCAGUGCCAGAUACUCCAGUUUGCGCUGAACCCUAUGUGCUGUGCCGACACACAUCAAUCUGCCUCUCACAAGCCCAGUUGUGUGACGGGAAAAAGGACUGCCCUGAUGGAGACGACGAGGAUGGUUGUGUAACCACAUGCCCAUCUAAAGACGAGUUCAAGUGCAAGGACAGUAGGAGUUGUGUCCCCAGGGUUCUCGUCUGUGACGGUCGUUCUCAUUGUCAUGAUGGCUCAGACGAGGUCAACUGUCCGACCGUAGCUUCAGUUGGAGUUCUGUUAAACACUCUGAAGUGCCGCACGGGCUCCAAGCUGUGUGAAGACGGGACUGAGUGUGUUUUAUACAGCCACGUGUGUGACGGGGAGAAGGACUGUCAGGACGGAUCUGAUGAACAGGGAUGUGAACCACUCAAACCUCCUGCUCCAGUCGCGCCGGCCUGCAGCAGCCCCGCUGUGCUCUGUCCCAAUUCUGCUGUUCAGCUCUGCAUUCUUCCGAGUCAGUUCUGCAACGGGCUCAAAGACUGUCCUGAUGGCUUUGAUGAAAAGAACUGUGUGCAAAGGUGUCCCUCUAGAAGCGACUUCCGCUGUAACGACCGCCGGAGCUGCGUCUCGCAGAGUCUGGUUUGUGACGGCCGCUCGCAAUGCAACGACGGCUCCGAUGAGCUCAACUGUCCGAACGCUACCCCUCCUGCAGCUAGAGCAAACGUCCUGAAGUGUCGCAUCGGCACCAAACUGUGUGGAGACGGGACAGAGUGUGUCCUCUUCGGCCACGUCUGUGACGGAGAGAGAGACUGCCGGGACGGAUCGGAUGAAGUAGGAUGUGAUGCUGCAAACACUGUCUCUACCAGUGUUCCAGAAAAUGUGCGCUCAAUUCAAUCACCUCCACCUGUCGAGACAUUUACUCAGCCCCCCACCAACCCCCCCUGCAGCAGCCCUUCAGCUCUGUGUCCAGGCUCCUCUUUAUGCAUCAGCCCAACACAGUUUU